UAUCAAUUUGGAGUUGACCGUUCCUCUUGUUGGUUUUUUUUCAAUCAUAAUAAUGUUGACAUAGUUAUGUUAUCACGGAAGGAAAAAUAGUUACAUUACAAGGAACGUAUUCGCAUAAUAUGUCGACUGAUCAUAGCGGCAAAGGUUACACUCCUCUUCCGCAAAGUAUAAGCAAUACCGAUACUGAAGAUGAAGAGGAGUGUUUGACCGAAACUAAUGAUAUCGCUUGUCAAGUCGACAAUACUACGAUAGCGGAAUUACAUUUGAAUCAUGAAAAUGGUACAUUUUAUCCAUUGGAUGAAUCACAAAAUCUACAGAACAACACACAAAACAGACAAAACACAAUAAAAUAUUAUCAGGAUGAUAUACCAAUAAUGCUAAUUGAAGAAAGUAAAAGAGAUGAUUUUUGGAAAAGAAAAGAUAUAUCACCAUUGAGGCGUUUUUGCUUAUUUACAUCUAUAUUAUUGUGCAUUAUUACAAUAAUUAUCUUUUUGUAUGUAUUACCUUGUGAUAGUUCGAUGGUUUGCUUACCAAUUAUCGAACCACAGUCAUCUAUAUCAUGGGAUAAAACCUUACAAAAUACAGAAAUAUAUGGGCCUAUUACCAUAGUACCAGGAUCUCCAUAUAAUCUAAUAUUUCUUCUUCAUGGCGAACAAUAUCGAGGAAAUGGUACAACAGAUGAAAUCGUACAUCAAAGACAGAUACCUCCAGAAGGAGGAGGAAUUAUAUCAAUGCAAGGAACUAAUGGAUUACCAUUAUGGCUGGUUCCAUUGAAAAGAUUACCUACUAUUAUAGAUUGCACUAGUAUUGAUAUUGAUUUAUCUGGAAAACCAGAUUGUAUUAUCGCUGGUGAACAAGGACUGCUUAUUAGCAUAGAACCAAUUGCUGGAACAAUUCAUUGGAUUUCUACAAUUCAUACAUUUCCCAAAUUACCGGUUAUUCUACCAGACAUUGAUGCGGAUAAUAUUGAAGAUCUAUUAAGUAUAGCAAUAGACAAUGCAAAUGCGUCAUCGCUUGUUUUUUUAUCUGGCAAGACUGGCCAAUUACUAAAACGUUAUUCAGUUAAUAAUUGCAUUUCUAUGGAUAUAUAUAAUCUUGUGUCUAACGGCAAUAUAUCUUAUGAUUGUUAUGAUGAUAAUGCAAAACAUGUAACGAGAUUCAUAUCUUUGAAAAGCUUAUUUCGUAAUUUAAAAAUAGGACAAUUACAUACAAAAUUUGCUGCGAAAUCAACAGUGGUACCACGAUUAUUCGAAAUACUAAAAACAUAUAAUGAUAAAUACAGUUGGAGGCUUACUCCGUAUCAUUAUUUGACUAUAGAGAAUGAAGGGCUAUGUCCAGGACAAUUUUGCCGCGCCAAUAUAAAUCUAACUUUGCAUAACUUAACAAAAGAACCAAUAAUCAUAUGGGAUCAUGCAAGUUCAAACACAUUUGCAUCAAAACCAGUAUUUUUGGUUACUUCAAGUAAAUCUUACACUUCUGGGUUUGCCAUUAAGUUCUGGCAGUGGAUGGAUAUGCUAUCAGAUCGAACAGGAAAAGCGACCAUUACAGAACAAAAACUUAUAGAAAGUGUUCUAAUAGUUUUUGUGAAUUAUACAGAUGUUCAAGCUAUUAAUGCUAGUCAAAGUGAUAUAAUGCAAUUGUGUCAUAAACUUAACUGUCAACCAAAUUUAAAUUCACGAAAACAAUUUGCUUCCAUUGAAAUUAAGUACAUUAAUAAUAAUGAAUUUCCAGAAUUGAUAAGUUAUUGGUCUUCAUAUAAUAUGGAUUUAAUGAAAGCAUUAACAUCAAAAGUACAAGUUAUAAAAAUGGAUUCUAUAAUGUCUAAUUUAAUACACGAAAAUGAUUAGUUUAAACAUAGAAUUUACAAAUUUUAUAACAAUAUGUGCACACACACACACACAACACACACGCACACACGUAUAUGUACAAGAUGUACGAAAAGUGUCGGAACUUCUUAAUAUCUUAAAAAAUAAAUAUUUCUGAAAAAAAUGUAUAAAAUGUAUAAAUGUAUAGAACUCGUAAGAUUUCAAGAAAAUCACAUAAUUAUAAUAUUGAUUUAUUUG